AUGGUUGUGACUGUGAGGCUGCGCAACCAGCACGAGCUGGACGCCGUGGUGGAGGAGCUCAGCGCCCUGCUGCCGAAGGCGCAGAUCAUAGGCCGGCCCAGUGAUGUGGAUCGCCUCCUGGAUGAGGCGGGGCAGCGCGCGCAGGAGGUGGAUCGCGGCGCGGCGCAGGCCGUUGAGGAGACGGCGGCCGUGGCUGCGGAGGUUGCUGGAACGCUGGCUGGCGCGGUGGGAGUUGGCGCGGCGGCAACGGCGGGGCUGGCCGUGGGCAUUGCGGGCGGCGCAGCCUACGGCCUCGCGCGCGGCACGGGCUGGGCGCUGGAGAACACGCUCUUCCGGCCCCAGCAGGGCAGCGAGGACGCGGCCGUGCAGGUCUUCGCCAACGGCCAGCGCUGCGACGACAUCAACUACUACGGCCGCACCGUGGCCGCGCAUGACACGCAGACGCAGGCCGCCAUCACGGGCGCGCUGCUGGCCUACCGGACGGGCCCGGACCAGGCAGACAACGUCUACGACCCAUUGUACGGCAGCUUCGCGGGCGACCAGGGCGCCUGGAGCACGGCCAAGAUGUACUUCACCGUGCCGCCCAACGGAACGGUGGACGUCUACGGCCUCCAGAUCCUGGACGCAACCCUGGAGACCGGCAACACGGCGGAGGUGGAGGAGGACACGGCGGCUUCGGCGCUGCUGCUGAGGCUGGGCACGGCCUCCAACUUGGUGAUGUACGUCAGCGCGGCCGACAACGACUACGUGGGCGUCACCGGCGCCUUCCUCGGCACGCCCUCGCAGGGCGUCUGGAGCACGGCGCGCCUGGACUUCUCGGUGCCGCCGGGCGGAGUCACAAAGCUGCACUUCGGAGCCUUCGGAGGCUCGAUCCCCGGGCUGGUGCAGCAGUCGGCGGGCACGCUGGACCUGCACAGCAUGCAGAUCAGGGCCUCGGCCUUCGAGGGGGAGUCGGUCUCCGUGACGGACCUGCUGGCGGACUCGCUGGCCCUCACGGGCUCGGCCACGCUGGACGGGCUCACCGCGCAGGGCAACGUGGGCUGCGACCAGCUGCUGUGCAACGACGUGAACUGCACGGACGUGUUCACGACGGGCGUGGACGCCUCGGGUAGCUCGCUGAGCAUCACGGGGGCGGCCAGCGUGGGCCUGCUGAGCUCAGCCACCGGAAUCACGGGCAGCACGUUGACCAUCAACAACACGGCCAACGCAGGGAACUUCACCACGGUGGGCGACGUGUCCACGGGCACGCUGACGGCAUCAGGCGCGGCAACCGCGGCGAGCUUCGCAGCCACCGGUGCGCUCACGGGCGCCACGCUGACCAUCACCGGGGCGGCCUCUGCGGGCCCGCUGGACUGCGAGAGCCUGGACUGCACCUUCACGGCCACGAGCGGAGGAGUGUCGACGGGCAGCGUGGUCUGCGGCGACGCGACGAGCUCGGGCACGGUCUCCGCGCCGCAGCUCUUCGCCUCCAACACGCUCAUCGUGACCAACACCUCCGACUUCUCGGACGAUCUCUUCCUGACGAAGAUGGGCGGGCUGGAGCAAGCUGCAGCCAACAACAGCGCGGCCUCCGACAGCGGCCCGGAGCUGCGGCUGCUGGGCAACCAGAGCGCCAGGGUCUUCCUGGAGCGGGACGGCGGGACGCACCAGUGCGAGCUCAUCAUGAUCAACGACGAGGCUCUGGUGCAGACGAAGAGCCUCUCGACGCAGCUGUCCUUGACCACGAACCAGAGGAACGAAGUGGAAGAAAACUUGAACCUGCCCACCAGCGAGGUGGCCGCGCACGGAAGCAGCAUCGCCGCGCUGCAGAGCUCGCUGACCACGGGCCUCUCCAACAAGGCAGACCAGUCGGCAUUCGACGUGCUGGAGGGCGUAGUGGCCACGGACGGCGUGGACCUGAAGCUGUCCAACUACAGCACCACGGCGGCCAUGAACGGCUCCAUCGCCUCGGCCAACUACGCCACGCUGGCCACGGUGGCCGCCAACUACGGCCUCAAGACGGUGGUGGACCAGCACUCCCUAGACAUAGCGGCGAGGAUCACGCCGCUGGAGGUGGACACCAAGGUGGCCAACGCUCUCCUGGGGGCCGUCACCGCCGCGGCGCUGGCCUCCAAGGGGGCCAAGGCCGACGCGACGCUGCUGGCCUCAUACGCCACGAACGCCGCGCUCUCGGCCAGCUUCCAGCUGGAGGGCUACGCCAUGACCCUGAGCGCCUUCGCCUGGAACAUCGUGCGCACCUACACGCUGACGCCGGGGAGACGCUACUCCUUCGGCUGCCGGUACCGGCUGGGCACGGCCUCCAACUUGGUGAUGUACGUCAGCGCGGCCGACUACGCGGGCGUCACCGGCACCUUCCUCGGCACGGCCUCGCAGGGCGUCUGGAGCACGGCGCGCCUGGACUUCUCGGUGCCGCCGGGCGGAAUCGCGAAGCUGCACUUCGGAGCCUUCGGCGGGUCUAUCCCCGGGCUGGUGCAGCAGUCGGCGGGAACGCUGGACCUGUACAGCAUGCAGAUCAGGGCCAGCGCCUUCGAGGGAGAUUCUGUCUCAGUAACGGACCUGCUGGCGGACUCGCUGGCCCUCACGGGCUUGGCCACGCUGGACGGGCUCACCGCGCAGGGCAACGUGGGCUGCGACCAGCUGCUGUGCAACGACGUGAACUGCACCGACGUGUUCACCACGGGCGUGGACGCCUCGGGCGCAGUCUCCUGCGCAGCGCUCACAGCCACAGGCACCGUCGCCGGGGCUGCGCUGACGUCCACGGGGGCCGUGUCAGGCAGCUCGCUGAGCAUCAGCGGCGCGGCCAGCGUGGGCCUGCUGAGCUCCGCCACAGGAAUCACCGGCAGCACACUCACCAUCAACAACACGGCCAACGCCGGGAACUUCACCACGGUGGGCGACGUGUCCACGGGAACAUUGACGGCCUCGGGCGCAGCGACGGCGGCGAGCUUCGCAGCCACCGGCGCGCUCACGGGCGCCACGCUGACGAUCACCGGUGCGGCCUCCACGGGCCCGCUGGACUGCGAGAGCCUGGACUGCACCUUCACGGCCACGAGCGGCGGAGUGUCGACGGGCAGCGUGGUGUGCGGCGACGUGACGAGCUCGGGCACGGUCUCCGCGCCGCAGCUCUUCGCCUCCAACACGCUCACCGUGACCAACACCUCAGCCGACGUGGCAGCUCCACAGCUCUUCGACUCCGUGGAGGCCAAGCAGUACAAGCGCCCGGACAUGAACGAGGACCUGAGGCAGCGCGACCUCGACGUGACGCAGGCCAUGGCCUUCGAGGCGCUGAAGGCCGACGUGGGCCGGCAGGUGCAGGCCGACCUCAUCGACUUCAGCCAGAACACGCGGGGGAAGACGAAGUACGGCCUGGUGGUGAUGGACGUCUUCACCCGGGAGGCCGCCGUGGAACCUCUGCAGAACAAGAACGCCGAGACGGUGGGCCGCGCCACCAAGCGCGCCGCGCGGGAGCUGACGGGGGACGACGGGAACUUUGUGGUCACGACGGACCUGGGCAACGAGUUCGCCACGCUGGACCGGGAGCUGCCCGAAAAUGCCGUGCACCGCACGAAGCGGCCCGAGGACCGCAACGCCAUUGCCGUGGUGGACCGGGGCAUCCAGACGCUGAAGAAGGACCUGGCCACGAGGGUGGCGCGCAAGGGCGGGCAGUGGAGCGACCACUUCGAGCGGGCGGCCGGGGCCUACAACGCGCGGCCCCACGAGACGGUGCACGGCGCGCCCGAGGACGUGGAGAAGCAGCCGGCCACGGAGUUCAGGGUCCUGCAAGACAACGCCGACAAGUUCCAGCACAACAAGGACCUCACCGACCGGCGCGUGAAGGCGGUGGAGGACGCGGGCGCCUUCCGAGCGCCGACGAACGCGGCGAGGAGCUUCAACCCUCAGUACGGCGACGCGCAGCAGCUGGGGGCCGUGGACUCCAUGACCGUCCGCAGCACGGAGGGCCGGGAGACCCUGCUGAAGCUGGCGCUGCCGGCGCCGCAGGGCAGCGGCAACGCGGCGGGCCGACUGACGAAUGCGCAUCUCAGCUGGCGUGCUCGGCUGAAGCCAGAGUGGGUCGCGGUCCACCCGGCAAACCGGGACGGCUCUGGGGUGAGCCCAAGUUGCGUCCACGAGCUGGCUUCUGACAUCUCGGAGUGCGGCUGGGACUGGGCCCAGAUCCGGGCUUUGUGCGUGGAGCUCUCCCACGAGGAGAUUCCCUUGGUGGUGAAGUUCAACCAAGAGCUUGAUGCCCACGUCGAUGACACGAUGAAGCUGGCGCCCAUCAUCAAAGAAACCAUUCGGUACGGAUCUUUGAGUGCCUCGCACACCAACUGUGCGUUGAGGUUGUUUGCUGCCGCCUGCCUGCACGACGGCAACCCAGAUCUUCUCGUAAAGGGCAAGCUUUCCCUUCACCAGCUCAGGGACAAGGACGCUGCAUACGCUGACGCCGCCGAGAACGGCUUGACAUGGUCCAUAAUCAGCUCCACUGUCAUCACGCGCUACCCCGCCUUAUGCGGCUUGUUGCAACAGGCCAUGAACACCGGAGCGCAACUGCAGCGCCAAGAGGGCGAACUGCAGAUAUGCCUCCGCCUUUUGGGAGCCUGGCAGCAGGAGGCCAAGUCCAAGCCAGACACGCAAGUCCAAUUCAAGGAGAUCCGGAGCAAGGUCCUGCGCACCAAGCCCUCUUGCAGCAAUGCUGCGCCAUUCAUGUAUACCUUCAUCCUCAGGCAGCUGGGCCCGGACCGCUGGGACAACUUGAGUUUGCCUGGCAAAGGUGGGGAGCAUUUGCUUCGCCUUCGCCACGCUGCCCUGCGUGUGUCUUACAUUGAGGAGAAGCCGUUGUCAGAACUGGAACUCCAGGGCCUGCCGGUGUUGCUGGCGCUGAGACUGCUGCUGAUGCUGGAGGUGGCAUCAUCCCCGCCUGCGCUGAUACUCCUGCACUGCUGGAAGCAGGUUGUUCAGGAAGUUCAGGCGGUGCAGGCGAAUGCCAUCGAAUGUCACUUCAGCUGUUCUGAAAUCCCGCACUCCAAGCGCGGCUCCCUGAGCAUCGACAUACUGAGCCGCACCACCUUCGAAGCCUCCGUGAAAUUGGUGGCUGCCGAAGUCGAACCUGAUGGCGCACCCGCCAAUCGCUCCGAAGCCGCUGCUGUGGCCUCUGCUGCCCUGAGCAAAGCCUGUGAGGUGCUUCUCUUUGAGCAUCAGAUCGUCACACAGUUGCUGGACAGGAAAGGGCGCCUGCCCAGCAUGGAGCACGCCGCCCAGGCCUUCAUCGUGAAAGUGCAGGAGAGAGGCGGCCCCUUGCUGACUGAGAAGUGGAGUGCCUUCACCGUGGAGAAGCCUGCUGUGGCAGGGCCGAUGCUGACGUACGACCGGCACGGAGAGCUUGCCGAAUGCGAGGCCAUUGUCAAAGAGCUAGGGUUCAAUGCCGGGGACGCUGUCAUGCGGCGCGCGGAUAAAGUCGCGGCGACCAUUUCCGGAUUCACGCAGUCGCAUGUGAUUUUGCGCAUCGAAUCCGGUCUCAUUUCGGGCACGGCUAAAGUCUUGGCCAAAUCCUUCACCAAGAAGGAAUGGACCCACUGUGCUGCGAAGAAGGAGGUGGAGGAGGUGCAGGAGCACUGGCAGCACCGGAUUGGCAGCCAUGUGGAGUUUGGAGUGCUGUAUCUCAAGGGCAAGAUCACUGCUGCGUUGCUGCAGGAAGAGCUCAAGCACUUGGACACCUUGCAGCACUUGACCAUCCAGGCUAAACCGUUCAAAAAUGUGGUUGUGACCAAGAACUUUGCAACCAACAAGCUGGUCCUGGUGCCCAUGACCACCCGCAUCAGCACCCAGUUGCAGAAGUCGGGCGCACAGCUUCUGGGAGAGCUCAUGGCUGGCCCAGAAGGCGGCCUUUCGUUUUGGUUGGUGCCGUGCUUUGCGGCGCCAAAGCCUCACCCAGAGGGCUCCAAGGGCAUGAUCGCGCCCUUCUGGCUGGUCCAGACAACUGAGCAACCAGACGAGGCCAACAUGGAGGUGACUCCGGACCUGGGCUCCCACAACGAAUCCGACAAGCUGAUCCACCAGGUCACCAUCAAGGUGCCCGUGAUGAAGAACACGCGCCCGAUCAAAGCUGGUGAGCAGCUGAUUGAACUGGAACUCCAGGGCCUGCCGGUGUUGCUGGCGCUGAGACUGCUGCUGAUGCUGGAGGUGGCAUCAUCCCCGCCUGCGCUGAUACUCCUGCACUGCUGGAAGCAGGUUGUUCAGGAAGUUCAGGCGGUGCAGGCGAAUGCCAUCGAAUGUCACUUCAGCUGUUCUGAAAUCCCGCACUCCAAGCGCGGCUCCCUGAGCAUC